AUGGUGUACCACUCCAAAAAGUACCUGAUGGCAAAAGGCUGGCUCGAGAGCUACGCCAAAAGAUUCGGGGACGCCAUGCAGCGAGAAUACGACGCGCAGCGUACACAACAAGACGACGCGCAGCGUACACAACAAGACGACGGGCAGCGUACACAACAAGACGACGGGCAGCGUACACAACAAGACGACGAGCAGCGUACACAACAAGACGACGAGCAGCGUACACAACAAGAAGACGGGCAGCGUACACAAGACGAGCAGCGUACACAACAAGACGACGAGCAGCGUACACAACAAGACGACGGGCAGCGUACACAACAAGACGACGAGCAGCGUACACAACAAGACGACGAGCAGCGUACACAACAAGAAGACGGGCAGCGUACACAACAAGAAGACGGGCAGCGUACACAAGACGAGCAGCGUACACAACAAGACGACGCUCUGCAGAGACGACAGGUAGACGCCUGGCUCCUAGGCAUAUACCUCAAGCUGCUUAAACUCAUGGAGGAGGAGAUUUAUAUUGCGUGGCUUGCGUACACACGUACAGCAGCGGUGCUGCAUGGUGAUGAUGAAACGGCAGAAGCCUGCAGCACAGUACAGGACCUAUACGAGAGGGAAAAGCUGGCAAGGACAGCAGCACUGCAGAGCAUUCUCGACAACUACAGCACCAUCAUGGACACAAUGCAGGAGGUCAACGAGACUACACGGGACGAGGAAGAACAUGCCAGGGAUCAGUUUCAACUCAAGCAAUCAGAAAUCAGUGAUGGAGAGCCAACGACCCUGUCGGCAGGUGAGGUGAUACAAAUCGCCAACGUUAGCCGUGGAGCAACAGCUACCGGCCCUACCAGCAUCUCGGGUAAACUCCGCCAGAAGCAGGUGGCGAGGGGCGUGAGGAACAAAGACCUUUACGAGAAGCUGAACAAGUCGAUGGAGGAGUACACGCCAGAGAGCCCGGAAAUACACCCAAUGUUGCACAUGAGGAAGGCGAUUACCCAAGUUGAGUCCAUAAGCAACAACAGGAUGAUGCAGCGGUCAGAGUAA